AGCGGGCAGCGGGCGGGCGCUCGGACAGCUUCUCCUCCUUCUGCUCCCUCAGCUCCUGCUCCUCCGCCCAGAGAGACUGCCCACCCGCCCAGUCCUGCGCCAGCGCCGAGGCAGCUCCGUCGCACUCCAUCCCGUCCCGCCGGGCACUCGGAGGGCGGCGCGCUCCAAGCCAAAGUUGCCCCCCACAGGCGGGCGGGCGAGCGCAGGCUGCAGCGACCCGGCCCGUGGCGCGCAAGGCAACUUUGGAGACGCGAGCAGCAGCCCCAGCAACGGCAGCGGCGAUGACUCCCUGGCUUGGGCUCGUCGUGCUCCUGGGCAGCUGGAGCCUGGGGGACUGGGGCGCUGAGGCGUGCACGUGCUCGCCCAGCCACCCCCAGGACGCGUUCUGCAACUCAGACAUCGUGAUCCGGGCCAAGGUGGUAGGGAAGAAACUGGUGAAGGAGGGGCCCUUUGGCACGCUGGUCUACACCAUCAAGCAGAUGAAGAUGUACCGAGGGUUCACCAAGAUGCCCCAUGUGCAGUACAUCCACACGGAAGCCUCUGAAAGUCUCUGUGGCCUUAAGCUUGAGGUCAACAAGUACCAGUACCUGCUGACAGGCCGUGUCUAUGAUGGCAAGAUGUACACAGGACUGUGUAACUUCGUGGAGAGGUGGGACCAGCUCACCCUCUCCCAGCGCAAGGGGUUGAACUAUCGAUAUCACCUGGGCUGUAACUGCAAGAUCAAAUCUUGCUACUACCUGCCUUGCUUUGUAACCUCCAAGAACGAGUGUCUUUGGACCGACAUGCUCUCCAAUUUCGGCUACCCUGGCUACCAGUCCAAACACUACGCUUGCAUCCGGCAGAAGGGUGGCUACUGUAGCUGGUACCGAGGAUGGGCACCCCCGGACAAAAGCAUCAUCAAUGCCACAGACCCCUGAGCAUCAGACCCGGCCCCACCUCACUUCCCUCCCUUCCCACUGAGCUUCCCUUGGACACUAACUCUUCUCAGAUGAUGACAAUGAAAUUAGUGCCUGUUUUCUUGCAAAUUUAGCACUUCGAACACUUAGAGGAAAAUCUAUGCUGUCAUAUGGAGUUUAUUUGGAACCAUCCUCCUGGCCCCACCCCUCCCUUUCUUUAUGGUUUUUUGACAUCACCCCUUUCCACCCGGAAAUUUUUGGUGUCAUGCCAGAAAGAAUGAGGAAUGGGUACUCCUCUUCUUCAUAAUGAUAUAAUCUAUAUUUUUUUAGGAAAACAAAAAUUGAAAAACUACCCGAUUAGGGCAUUGUAAUAUCUACCCUUCUUUCUUCUUUCCCAUCUCACCAUCUCCCAGACUCUCCCCCCUUCACCCUUCUCUACCCUCUUCCUCAGUACAUAAAGGACACAGACAAGGAAGCUGCUGAAAAGCCAACUGUUUCAAAUCAGUCAAGGGCAGCCGGCAGAUAGACUCAAGGUACGCAGAAGAUCUUACACACCGAGGAGAUGCUACUGCAUGUCCUUACCAGACUGUGUCUGUCUGUGUCUGCACAUGAGAGUGAGGGAGGGAAGGAAGAAACUGCAAGAGGGUCUGGACGAUGCAGCACACACAGUUCCCCCAGCCACUGAUGCUUGGGUUGACCAGAUGUUUCUGAGUCUGGAGCAAGCAGCCAGGCCAGAAUAACAGAAUUUUCUUAGUUGAUGAAGACUUAAACAUCUGCCUGAGGUCAGGAGGCAAUGUGCCUUAGACAAAAGCUCAGGUGAGAGACUAAGAUGAAUGUCUUUCCUCUUCUCACUUCCCACAAGAUUUCCUCCUGGAAACGUCUUCGGUAGAUCUGGCCAGGAGCUUGCCUUUAUGUAAAUCGGAGAAAUACGAACACCGUACACUAUCCACAGAUAUAGAACAAGUAGAUUUGGGUAGAGGAUAUUAUUUCCAAAGUAGCAUUUUAGUUCACCUAGGGGGGUGUGUUCGCAUACACAUUUACAUAUACCCACGUGGGGACAUAAGCUAAUUUUUUUCUUUUUUUUACAGGACACAGAAUUCUGUUCAAUGCUGUUAAAUAUGCCAAUAGCUUAAUCUCUUCUAUUUUGUUGUUGUUGCUUGUUUGAAGAAAAUCAUGACAUUCCAAGUUGAUCUUUUAUUUUUUUUUUCAUUUUAAUUAAAAUUUGAAAUUCUGAGCACCCUCAGCAUCCCUCUAAUUGGGGUCAUCUGACCUCUGUCCUCCUUUUCUCCUGCUUCAUGUUUGGGGCCUUCAUUUAACUGCCUUUACUGGCUGGCUCAGAUGGGAGAUGCGAGUCAGUGUGGGUCAGGGCCUGGGCACAGGAAGGAGAGCUGCAGUGUCCUGCCUUGGCUAGAUGGCCACCUUUUCUGGGUUUGGGGACAACUUGCUCCUUUUCCUGUAGCUUACUGGCGGGUGAAUGCCACAUCCUAAGGCACUCACCUCAUAGAAUUAAAAGUGGUGGUCACUGGGAAAACCUGACUCUGCAAACAGCUGUAGGGUUUUUGUUGUGUUUUUUGAAAUAAAACUAUAAUAUAAAUUCUCUGAUUAAAUAAAAUUACUUUAAGUUUUAGUGUUGAAAGUGAGAUGCCAAGAGUCGGUGAUGAUGUGUAUUUUAUAGAACGGAGGAUGGUAGGAUGGUUACAUUUAACAUGAUGGCUCUGUCUCUUUUUUCAGAUUAUGGGUAUUUGUCCUCUAUUAGUAUUUGUAUCUUCAGUUCAUUCCAUUUUAGGAAACAGAGCUGCCAAUUUAAACGGGAGAAAAAAAAGAAGCAGACAACACAAUGUAAUGUCUCGCUCACAAACACAAAUGCCCAGGCAAGGUGUUUGGCAGAACCUCAGAGCAAGAAGGCAGUCAAGGCAUCUGGUUUCCUCCAGACUGGUCUCAUUACCUAGUACCUUUCACCUUGUGGUGGCGACAUUUGGCAUGCAGGAAACAGGAGACUUUGCUCUCAGUGGGGCAGCAUAAGUGGAAGGUACCGAGUUCAGGAGGCCAGUGGUUUUUAAGGGGUAAGUCCCAGACUUGGUAUUUUAAGAUUUUCUUAAUUUGAACCUCAAAGUCCUACAAGGUGGAACCCCUAACCUGAUCUGCACAGGUGCCCUCCCACAACUGGACAUCAGUGUGACUCAAUGAGGCAUCUGGCUAUUCUUGGUCCCUGGUGGGGUCACCUCCACUCACACAAAGAGGGACUUGAGGUGAGUCCUGAGCACGAAUCACCUGAAGUUUCCCUCUGAAAAGUUGGUGGAACCACAGUCCCAUCUGCCAGGCCCUGGUGAGGAGAACAGCAGGUCCUGAGCAAAGAAGAGUCCUUUGCAGAGUGAUGUCAGAGGGCGGUUUUUGAGCUUUCUAUAAGCUAUAGCUUUGUUUAUUUCACCUGUUCACUUACUGUAUAAUUUAAAGUCAUUUAUGUAGCUGAGACACUUCUGUAUUUCAUUCAUUUCAUGAGCGUUUUAUUUUGCUAAAUCUUAUGUCAUGUGUAGGCUGUAAUAUGUGUACACUGUGUUUAAGAGAAAAAGAAAAAACAAAACCCACAUGCCGCCAUUUUUCUGAAUCAAAUUCUACAGUGGAAUGGAGGGUAAAGACUUCUACUGUGCAGGCAGCUAGAUUGGUAAAUGGGGGAACUAGAGGGAAUGAGCAUGGAGAGUCCUCCAGACUCCUCCCUGUUGGCAUCCUAGUGCUUUCUGGACUACGAAGGAGAAGAGAAAAAACAGCAAGUACAUUCACAUCCUUGCUCUGUUAUCAACUGGCUCUGGGCACUCUGCUGGUCAUUCCCAUUCCUUUUUCCCUCUAGUCCAUUCGUCCACCCCAUUGAGAAGCCAUGAUUUCACCUAAAAAUCCAGGGCCAUGGGACCUGUGAUUCUGAGAUGUCUUGGCCUCCUCUGGCCAUCUCUUCUGCCUCCCUAUGCAGGAGGCACCACACCUAAGCUCUCACCUCUCAGGCCAGUGCGCCAUCUGGCCAGCACUGGGAGACUCCCCAGACACAUAAUGGCAAUCAGGCUACAGCCCAUGAGCACCAUUUUUCAUACAAAAAAUGAGGGUUCUUGAGCAAUUUAUAAAAAUGACUUAUUGGAACAGCUGUCUCAGAGAAACUGUGGUCCCCAGGAGACAACACCCACCCCUGCCUCCGUCCUUCAUCAUGUGCUCCCUGACCAGCAACAUGGAUUAACCAAAAAUGACACCCAAGUGUUUGGCUCCUGGCUGAGAAAGUAAAAAUAUCACUAAAAUAGUUUUACACAAGAAAAACACUAAAAAUUCUGACAGCAAAAACGAAACACAAUGGGCGCAUGUUGGGGAGACGGAUAUCAACAGCUUCCAAACGGACUCCUGGGAGGCACAAGAAGGGCUCAUGGUCCGAGGGGAGGGGCUUCAUAAAUUCUCCCAGGCACCACCCCCCCUUCCUCCUUAGCCGGUCUGCUGUCCUGAGACCCAGAAGUGAUGGAGAGAAACCAACUAGAGAAAACCCUGUCUGGAAGGAAUGUAUUUGUUGCUAAAUUUUGUAGCACUGUUUACAGUUUUCCUCCAUGUUAUUUAUGAAUUUUAUAUUCCGUGAAUGUAUAUUGUCUUGUAAUGUUGCAUAAUGUUCACUUUUUAUAGUGUGUCCUUUAUUCUAAACAGUAAAGUGGUUUUAUUUCUAUCACA